AUGAAAUUCCUGAUCUUGUUGGUGUUCUCAAUUCAAAUCGCAUUGGUUUCAAGUGAAUCCCCGGCUGAAAAAGAUUACAAAGGUUUCGCCAUUGCUGUUCUAAAGUCUACAAUUGCAAAAAAUUUUGAUAUUCUACAUGCUGAUUUUGAAUCAUUUGACAGCGAUGGUGUAAUUAAAAAGAAAAGUGAGUUGUUUUGUUCAAUUCUUAUUUUUGUAAUUUAAAAUCACUUCACAGGCGACCAUAUAAAAGAAGGAAUCGAUGAUGAAGCAAUAUCGUAUGCUAAGGAAAAACUCAAAACACUUUUGAAUGGAGGAACUUUUGACUGGAAGAAAGUCAAUGUUCAAUUCACAAGAGAUGGUUUACUUUAUAUUAGAAAUCACGAGAAUGAUGGGAAACUUUCUUCAGUUAAAUUGGCGAUACGUGAUUCUUCAAUCGAAGGAGGUUACAAAAUGUAUCGCUAUGUUACUGUCUAA